GAGACUGUGGCCAUCAUGAUAAACAACGGAGAACUGUCCUCUUCAGGAACAGAAACUGUCGUGCUCCUCCCCGAAGCAGCGAGUGCGCGCGCAGCCCGUACAGCAGCGAGAGCAGAGCUCGGAGCGCGCGCACACAUCACAUCACAUCAGAUCAGAUCUCUACUGCUCACAACACAAGCUCACUCACAGUUCAUCAGCAAUAGCAGUGAAAUACAUCUGCUCGUGAUGGACGGAUGCGCGGAGAUCUGUAAAUGUUUCCUGAUCCUGUUUAACAUUCUGUUCGCUCUGGUGGGGUCCGGUCUGGUGGGUCUAGGUAUGUGGCUCCGGUUCGGCGCUGAAACCAGAGGAUUCUUCGACAUCGAUCUGAACACGGCACAGUUCAACAUCGGUGUGAUGGUGCUGGUGGUCACUGGGGUCCUGAUGCUGCUGGUGGCCAUCAUCGGUGGUUGUGGUGCGUGUAACCACAGUAAAACAGCUCUCAGUGUGUUUUCUGGUCUGCUGUUUCUUCUGAUCAUCAUUGAAAUCGCAGCUGGUUUGAUGGCCUUCAUGUGGAGCGGACGGCUGGCAGACGAGUUGGUGAACUUCUACAACACCAUCUACGCUCAGUAUCUCAACACCAGGAGUCCUGGUCAAGCAGUCACCCUCAAACUAUUCCACAACGCUUUUGACUGCUGUGGCAUCGGUGGACCGAUUGAAGUGUUUGUACGAGACACCUGUCCAGACGGCGACUUCCUGCAUAAGCUCACAUAUUCUAGCUGUCCCAGGGUGAUCAAGGAUGUCUUCGCUUCUCGUGCGCCGAUGGUGUUGGGAGUGUUUCUGGGGUUGGCAGGAAUCAUGAUGCUGGUGCUGGUGUGCAGCUGUGUCCUCAGAUGUCACGUCUCAUCAUCUUAUGUGUCUUCUCCUUCAUACGUGCUCCUCACCUCCUCGCCGUCAGUCAUCUUUCCUGCUCCAGCUGCCCAGCAGAUAUAACCCUCUCUCUGUCUGUUCUCUGGAAGAUCUUCUCAUCUCCACCCAUCUACUGAAGCUGUCUCAGCCUCCACUCGUCUGUCUGAUGGAUGAAUGCUUUCAUUGGGCAAGGUUAAGGGAAUCACUGUGUGUGAGUGUGUGUGUGUGUGUGACUGUGAGUAUGCGAGUUUUUCAUAAUCUACAACUAAACUGAAUGGCUUCAAAUUCCAUCAAAUUAUUUAACCUAAACUGAGGGUGCAAACAGGAAACAGAAUUCUAAUUCAAGUCUAAAUCACUGCAUUUGUCAGCAUGAAUCACUCAUAAAUGGGCCGUUUAGACUUUUUGACUUCACUUCAUUAAUGUUACAAAUCGUAGUGAAUCAACAUAAAGUAAUUUCUUCAGUUCUGGAUUCUGCACAAUUUGUUAUACUGUACCUCACUGUCUGUUAUGAUCUCAUCCUGAAUAUUCCAUUGUCUUGCUGUACUAAUAAAAGCUACAUGUUUCACAUUUGCUUUUUAGUGUAAUACAUUAAAGACACUUCCACAAA